AUGGCCGCCCGGGCUGUGGCAAAGCACAACGUUGCGACCACGUUGAACUACUGGGACGACCCCGGCGAUGGCUCCAAGCCGAUGCCCAUUUACAUCGGCCAGGGCCGCAUUAGCAACAAGCGCCCGCACAAGGCCUGGAAUUUCGUCGUGUCGGACGUGAGCGGCGACGAGGACCAGUACACGCUCGACCGGCACGGGUUCCAGUACUGCGAGAGCCCAAGCGCCGAAGCGUUCUUUAAAGACGAGGAGCAGAUUACAGAGAGCUACUAUGCCGAGUGCGCGGCGCUCAUCCGGAAAACGACGGGCGCGCGCACCGUCCACGUGUUCAACCACAAGGUGCGCCGGGGCCCGACGCAGUGGCACCAUCUCGGGCUGCAGAACCUGGCAAACCGCGGGCCGGUGACGCGCACGCACGUGGACCAGUCGUACGAGGGCGCGGAGCGGCGUCUGCGGUGGGAGCUGCCGCCGCAGGAAGCUGAGGAUAUUGUGCGGCAGCGGCGGCGGUACCAGAUUAUCAAUGUGUGGCGGCCGAUUGAGACGAUUCGAAAAGACCCAAUUGCGGUCGCGGACGCGCGCUCGGUGCCGGAUGAGGACCUGGUCGCGGCGGAGAUGACAGAGGACGGCUUCGUCGGGGAGUCGUGGGUGGUGCGGCACAACCCGGGCCACCGGUGGCACUACAAGCACGGCAUGACGCCCGAGGAUGUGCUGCUGAUCAAGUGCUUUGAUUCGGACGAGGGGGUUGCGCGGCGGGCGCUGCACUCGGCGUUUGAGGACCCCAGGUACCGCGAGUGCGAGUCUCGGCAGAGCAUCGAGGUGCGCUGUCUGGUGUGCUACUAG